AUGUUUCUAGCCAAGAAUCUAAAAAAUAAUAGGAUUAAAGUAUACCUGCCCAAAACGAAACGUUCUUCCCUGAGUACAGCCGCUUCAAAGAUCAAUGAAAGACCGCAGCCAGAUAAGGUCUUGAGGGACAUCGCGAAGUAUGUUCAUGAAACCCCAAUAAAUUCAUCUUUGGCUUUAGAUACUGCCAAAAUUUGUUUCCUUGACACACUAGGUUGUGGCUUGGCGGCUUUGAAAUUUGAGCAGGCUCGAAACAUCAUUACGCCAAUCGUCCCAGAAAUGGUGGUUCCUAAUGGAACUAAAAUAUUAGGGACUUCGUAUGUGAUGGAUCCAGUGAGGGGAGCUUUCGCCAUAGGUACGUUGAUACGUUGGUUAGAUUACAAUGACUGCUGGUUAGCCGCUGAAUGGGGACAUCCAUCUGAUAACCUUGGGGGAAUUCUAGCUGUUGCGGACUACUUGACCAGAUUAAACAAAGCUAGUCAUAAAAAAUACGGGAAAGAAUUUCUCGUUAAAGAUGUAUUGGAGGCAAUGGUUAAAGCUCAUGAAAUUCAAGGUAUAAUAGCACUAGAGAAUUCUUUCAAUAAAGUAGGUCUAGAUCAUGUGGUACUGGUGAAAGUGGCGACAACUGCUGUUGUUUCAAAAAUGUUGGGCCUGAAUCAGGAUCAAACCAUUGAAGCGCUGUCGCAAGCAUUUGUAGACGGUCAAUCCCUGCGAACCUAUCGGCAUGCACCGAAUACGGGGUCCAGGAAGUCGUGGGCGGCCGGUGAUGCAGUUUCGAGGGCUGUGAACCUGGCUUAUUUGGUUAAAAACGCCAAUGUUGGCACCAUACCUUCGGUUCUGACAGCUAAAACCUGGGGAUUUUACGAUGUGUUAUUUAAAGGUAAACCGUUUACGUUUCAUCAAAGAUCAGCAUAUGGUUCGUACGUCAUGGAAAAUGUCCUGUUUAAGAUAUCAUUUCCUGCCGAAUUUCAUGCACAAACUGCAGUCGAAGCUGCUAUAAAAGCACACAGCAUUCUCAGGGAACAAAACAAAACUUUCAAAGAUAUUAAAUCCAUCCGAAUUAGAACUCAAGAGGCGGCAAUGAGGAUUAUAGACAAAUCCGGCCCGCUAUAUAAUUACGCCGACAGGGACCAUUGCAUUCAAUAUAUGACUGCGAUCCCGCUAAUUACCGGUAAUCUCACAGCCAAUGAUUAUCUGGAUGAGAUCGCAAGUAAUCCGGAGAUUGACAACUUGAGAUCUAAAAUGCAUUGUGUUGAAGAUAUUCAACUUUCUCAAGAUUAUCAUGAUCCUGCCAAAAGAUCUAUAGGCAAUGCUUUGCUCAUAGAAUUAAACGACGGGACAGAGUUAGAUGAAAUAUUUGUAGAGUAUCCUGUGGGCCACAAAUUUAGAAGAGAGGAAGGGAUCCCACUGUUGCUCAAUAAAUUUCAAAGACAUUUGCGUGAACAUUUCAUCGAUUCUCCUGAAAAAGUUGAAGUUAUAAUGAACGUCAGUUCAGAAAAAAACUUCGUGAACAUGCCCAUUGACUCCUACAUGAACUUGUUUGCUCAGAAGUGA